AUGUCAAUCAAUGGAGCAGAUGAUGGUGGCAGUACUACACCAGUAGAUCUCAAAGCACCUAUUUUGGAGGUAAGAUGUGGACAUUUGGUAGCUCGUUUACACACUGAAAAGUUCGUCUGCCCGGGAAUACAUCAACCGUGCAUUGAACUUGAUGGUGAACUGAUUAGCCCCAAAGAAUUUACAAUACGUGCUAAUAAAGAUAAACAAAAAGACUGGAAAGGAAGCAUUCGUAUUGGCAAGUCAAAUAUGAGAGCAUUAAUGGAAAUGAAAAGCCUCGAUUUUUACAAUCACGAGAAUUACUGCAGCGCGAAAUGUCAGUCACGAAAUUUUAUGUCGUUUAAAAAUCACCUUACAGAAGCAUAUUUAAACGCUGACUUGCUUUAUGGAGCAACGUCAUCCUCAUUUGAUGAAGAUAAGAAAAGUGGCAUCAUGAGCCUUUAUUCACAAGUGAAUGAACGAAGUAAUUCGGUUGUUAAUGCAAUAAUGUCAACGUUUAUGAAGGGUCAGAAAUUCGAUGAAGAUCUCAUGCCGGCAGAAGAAGAUGCAGCCGGCUCAAGUAACAGCGCCGUAAUGGUCAUGAAAAAUCAACCAAUCAAAUUCUGGGCAGGUAUGGAUGAGAUGGGACUUUUAAGUGAUUUAACAGACGUUAUGAUUACAUCUAUGGAACAUCUUCGUCGUCUUGCACUAAUGGGACCGUCACAGAGAGAUGCAGUUGCGGAACGAUUAACUCGAGUUGCUGGCGCAUUAGAUUUAGACGAAACUAUCGGUUCCAGAAUACAAGCAGAACGACUUAAUUGCACUGUGGAAACAAGUUUGCUGAGUAACGAAAUUCAAGCAGAACUGCAAAAGAAAACCGAAGUGAGCUGGCGUAGACUAGAGGAAUCACGACGGAAGGCGUCACGAAUUGAUGACCUAUUCUGCGAAGAUUCUUCACCAACUGUACCAGGGAAACGUCGAAGGCAUUCCACUGCAGCUCCUUCUGUAUGUGUUACAGCAUCAACGAUAACAUCUGCACCUACUUCCGCUACGGCAACUGCUACUGCGGCACCAAUCAUCGAUGAAAAUAAUGGCUUAUCAAUGGUAGAACAGUGA